GGAAGGCGCUGAACUGAGAAGUCUGAGAAACUGAAUGAUUUAGUUCUUAAUCCACUUUCAAAAAGAUGAAGCCAACUGACUUUGAUAAAUCGACAAGCAUCAACUAGUAUUGCAGCGGUCACAUCUCCUUUGUAUGGCAGCGCGAAAAACUGAUGCCUAGAAUGGUCGCACGGGAGUGACGUCACAUUGGCGUUGAGGGGGAAAUGGCUACUUCAGCUUGGAUGCAUGGCAACACUGCUAUGAGACUUACAGAAGGUUUGGUGUCGGUUCUUAAGGAACAUCGUCCGGAGUAUCUGUCCGAGGUGCUGGCAAAUUACAGAGAGCAUGGCGUGUUUUCAAGCCAGGGCGCCAGCGAUGUCGCGGGGCUCGUGGGGUUUAGCAAUGCUAAGCUGAGCUCCAGCAAAACCAGGUUCGAGGGGUUGUGCCUGCUUUCCAUGCUGGUUAAAGACAGCUCCAGUGAUCUGUUCCAGCAGCACUGCCUCUCCUGGUUGCGUUCCCUGCAGCAGGUCAUACAGUCUCAGGCUCCCCCUCAGACCAUCCAGUUGGCAGUAAACAUUCUGAAAGACCUACUGCAGUACUCAUGUCAGCUAGCAGAGCUUGCCAGGGAGGUUGGCCUCAACUCCAUCCUUGGUAUCUUAACUUCACUCCUGGGCCUUAAGACAGAGUGUGAGCUUGCAGCCAUGGAGGGGAUGAAAGCCUGUAUGAUCUACUACCCCAGAGCCUGUGGCUCCCUCAAGAACAAACUAGGAGCCUAUUUCCUCUCCAAAAUGGACAGCACAAGCAGGAAAACACAAGAGGUGGCCUGUCAGGGUUACGGCCAUCUGCCCUGUCUGGGGGGUCUGGCGGACAGGUCACUGGGGACCGGCAGAUCUGAAGGCUGGACCAAUCAAAUUCAAUGUCUGCUGGCCUCAGCCAAUGGCAUUCUGGCUCAGAUCUAUCAAGGUUCUGAAACAGAUGAAGCAGUGCAGUAUCGAGGUCCAGGUGUGGAACUACCCUUUCCUUAUCUUGAUCAAACAGAUCCACUGCUCUUUCUGCAGCUCCAGCACAGAUAUACAGCUGUCUGCCUGGCAAUUAAACACACAUUCAGAGCGGAUCCGGCCUCAGCUGUACACCUACCUGUCAGACCAAUACUCAACCUGGUGUGCCGAGCACUCGCUGUCAAUUCCAAGAGCAUUAAUUUAACAGCAGAAGGAAGUCUGAGGUUGUUGGUGCUCCCCAGUGUUCACAUCAGCACUUUGGAGGUGCUGGCAGAGCUCAUCACAAUAGUUCGGAGCGGCAUGAUGCAGUACGCUGCUGUAAUACAGAGGCUGUUUUCUCAGACACUGUCUGCAUGGACAGCUGUACCUGAAGCUAAUGUUGGACAACAGAGAGCUUAUAGCUCAGUGAGGGUAUCUGUGUACAGAACUUUAGAACUAUGGGUCCAGCUUUUUGGAGCUUCAGCUAAUAUCCUUCAGGGAGCAUCCAGCCAUGCAGAAAUUCUGUUUAACCACAUGCUUGGUGACAUCACGCCUGGUGCAGAAUCUGUCAAGCUGCGGGCGGGUCUGUCGGUUGAUGUGGUUCCUGGGGGGAAACCUGGUCCUCGGAGAACAAAACAGUUAGUCAUAGCAGAUACAGUGGGGACAUCACUCCAAAGAAAAGGAGACCCUUUGUCCAAUCAGGAUACCUGCCUCUCAGCUCUUAAAGUACUAAGACUCAUCAUACAGACCAGUGGGACACUUCUAAAGGAUGACAUACACAAGCGGCUUCAUGAGGUGGUGUUGCCACUGUGUGUGCGCCUACAGCAGCAGCAGUCUAGCAGCAUCGCUGCAUGUGAAUCUGUAGGAAGCAUCAGUGGGCAGUACAGUAGUGCCCUGGCUCGGCGUGAACUCUACAGGUUACUGCUAGCUUUGGUUCUUGUCCCAUCACCGUGCUGGCCUCCACCUUUGACAUGUGCUGUAUCUAUUCUCAGCAACGGCCGCAUUGACCGCAACCUCAAAGUUUCUUCUUUCUGUGCCGAAGCUCUGACCAUCUGUAAUUCAAUCCUCCAUCCCCGCACUCCGUCCAUAGCCCUUCCAUUGCCACCACUUGCCCUGAAACCCACCCCCAGUCCUUCGGUCCUGUCCUGUCAGGGCCCCACCCCUAGAUUAACAUUGCCAACUCUGCUAGGAGGCCCUGCACCUGGACCUCCCUUCUCUGCCCGUCACCCACUCGGCCUUGCCUCCAAUUCUCUGUUAGGCUCUUUGGAGAACCAUCUCUCUCUGGUUCCAGGGCUGCCGGGCCAGGCCUCUGCUCCUGGAGAACUUAUGCUGUCUCCCCCCAUGCACUCUCAACCAGACCCUCCUGGACUGGGUCCCCCAGAGGGACAGAGACCAGUAUUUGUCCGUUAUGACAAAGAGGAAGCAGAAGAUGUGGAAAUAUCUCUUGCGAGUGACUCAGAUGACAGCGUGGUCAUUGUUCCUCCAGGGAUGCUCAGCACGGAGAACCAGCUGGAUGACCCAGCAUCAAACUCUCAAAACAUUCUCUCCUCUGCACCUGGUGGUACAUGUGUUACAUUAGCUGGAGGAGAUGCCGUCACCAUGGUUCCCACCACAGCGGCACCAACCACAUUAGAUGUAACCUCACUGCCCAAUGACCUGGUCACCUCCUCUGCACUUCUCACCACUUCCAGCACCCCCGUUAACUCAUUCCCUCCCUCCAGUGGCUCAGUGGUCUCCCUGGUUUCUUCAUUGAACUCCAGCUCAGCCUCUGCUCCUGCUGGUAGUCUGGCAGACUCGAUUGUAGUGAAACCCCAGCUCCAGCAGAUGUUGAUGCAGGCCUCCACUUCAGGGCAGCCCAACCCCAUGGCUCUGCCGCUCCAGAUGCACCAGUUGCAGAACCAGCUGGCCCAGCAGGGACGUCACCUCCACCAGCACCCUCCUGCACCUGCCAGUAAUGAAGAGUCAGCAGUCAUAAACAUUAACAGCACUGACGACGAGGAUGAAGAUGAAGAGGAUAUGGAGGAUGAUGAAGAGCUGGAGGAGGAGGAGGAUGGUAUUGAUGAGGAGGACGAAGAGGAAGAAGGCAGUGAAGAGUUUUAUGAGGGAGAGGACUAUGAGGACUUUGAUGAAGAAGAGCUUGAAGACGAAGAAGAGGAUGAAGAUGGGGACAUGCCUCCUCUGGAGGGAUCAGAGGACAAGUCAGAGGAGGUGGCAAUGGAGGAGGAGGAGGAGGAGAAAGCUCUCCAAGCAGACUUGGAAGAAGGGGAGGUGGCUGGAUAUAGUGUGGAGGGAGACACAGAAGGAGGGAUAGAAGAGCUGCAAACCAGCCGAUCACUGUUUGGAGAGGAGAGGAUGAAGGUCCAGGAGGUAGAGAGCAUUGGAGUUUUAGAAGAAGCAAGAGAGGUGGAGGGAGAGGAGGAUGAGAGCGAGCGGAUGGAUGAUCCCACCAUGCCUCAGAUCCUGUGUGUUACUGGAGGAGCGCUGGAAGAGAGGUGUGAGAGCAGCCAAGAGGCUGCUGAAGCAGCAGGAGAGCUUCAGGAGAAGAUGAACUUGUGGGAUCAAAGUGUCAAAGAGAAUGAGCCGAUAACUGCCUCGGAAGAAGGCACAACCAGUCAGAGUCUGCAGGAGUCUGUGGCGGAAAGUGUUCAGGAAGCUGGUGUGAGAGAAGAGCAGCCAGCAGUCGGUCAGGACGAGGCCUUGCAAGCAGGAGCAAAAGAAGAGGAAGCCUCUGCUGCUCCAAGUGUUACAGAACAGGAGCAGACGGAGGCUGACCAAGGAGACAUAAAGGAAGCAGAAUGGACACGGCCUGACAGAACAGACGGAGGAGGAGGAGAAAAAGAAGAAGAGGGAGGAAAAGAACAAGAGAGUAACAUUGAGGAGGAGAAAGGGGUGAAGCGGAAGAGAGAGGAAGAGAACGUAGAGGAAGAAACCGGGCAAAGUCCUGAAAAGAAAAAGGAUGAUGAAGCUAUGGCCUCCAUGUUGGCAGAUUUUGUUGCCUGUCCACCUGAUGAUGAAGAUGUUGCCUCAGGAUCAAACCAUUCAUAAACGCCCACCCUAAACAGAUGGGAUUGAUUCUACCAACAUGGACUUUUGCCCCGUUUUCAAUAUAAAGUUGCCUCAGAUAAUGAUCCAUUCUUUACUGAAAUAAUUCUAGUCCCUCUUUGCCAUCUAGCUCCUUUACUGCCUGCUUCAUUGUGUUGGGCAUGGAAAUGUGGAGGCUUCCUGUUACCAUCCUGGAACUGAUCAGAACUACUUCUACAGUAGAGUAAAAGUUGCAGAACAAUUUUUAGUGAACAAUGUGGCCAAGAGAGCUCAAUAAAAUGCUCCUCAGAAUGCUGGAGUUUCUGCAUACAUUAUGCAGCAAGUGUCCAGUUUUGAUUGCUUUCUGUAUCUUUAAUGUCUUUGAUUUAUCACUAUAAUCUGUUUUUUGUAUUAAAAAAGUAAAAAGCA